AUGUUACCAGUUGAAUCACGGCUGCUAAGGAACUGUUACCGAUAUAAACCUGGAGAUCCUGGUGGUAAAAAGGAAGAGUUCCUGGACGAGUAUGUGAUUGUGGGUAAAUUGGGUUCUGGUGGUCUUGGUGUUGUUUACGAUGCAGUUCGAUUUUGUGAUAGGGAACAAGUUGCUGUCAAAUUAGUUGACUCAGUGACUGCCCAGAUGGAUGAAUGGAUGGCAGAACCUUACCCAUACGAAGUUGAAGCUCUUCGAAGACUAGUUGGCGUACCUGGUGUUGUGCAGUAUUAUGACUAUUUUAUUAAAAAAGGACCUAAAGGUGAGGAUACUUUAGUUGUGGUCAUGGAAAAAGUAAAGGAUUCAGAAUGUUUGUCAGAAUUCACUGAGAAAUGUGGCGAGAUCCCAGAAUAUGCACUAAAGUUGAUAUUUAAGCAGCUGCAAUUAUCACAAGUUGAAAGAGGGGAGUGCCAUGUCAUUUAUUCGGUUCCAUAUCUCAUCUGCCAUCAUUUUGACGCCACGUUAGUCGUAAGUUUUAGGAAGGAGGUUUGCUCGCGUAUGAAUUUUAACCUAGAUGGUCCAGUUAAAAAUAAGGGGUUCCGGUUAGUGUCAGAUGUUAUACUCCCCGUUGAGGCCUAG